AUGGAAAUAGAGUUUAAUGGUAAAUAUUUGUGGAUUUCGUUUGUUUAUGCAAAAUGUAACUAUGGGGAGCAUCGACGGUUAUGGGAUGAUUUAUGCAGUUUACAAUCUUCGAAUGUUCCAAGGAUGGUUAUUGGCGAUUUUAAUAUAAUCAGAUCGGAUGAGGAACGCAUUGGGGGGCGUCCUCGUCCUCGUAUUGCCAUGGAGGAAUUUAAUUCUUUCAUUGAUAUGGCAGGGCUAUCUGAAUUGGGUUUCCAAGGGAAUAAUAUGACUUGGUGUAAUGGGCAUGAAGGGAGGUCUCAGAGUUGGGCAAGAUUGGAUCGAGCUCUUGUUAAUUUGGCUCAUGUAUUGGAGUUCCCCUCGGUGGGAGGAAUCUAUUUGCCAAAACUAUCUUCUGACCAUGCUAUUUUACAGGUUGAUUUGAGUCUAGAAGAUAGGAGAUACGAUCAUGUCCCUUUCACGUUCCAGCAAAUGUGGACAACACAGGACACAUUUAUGAUUUUGUUACUAAUGAAUGGAAGGAGGGACAUGGUGGUGGUGGGAUAUAGUAGUCCGGGUCCUGAUGGGUUCAAGUUGGUUUUUUAUAAAGCCUGUUGGGAUAUUGUUGGUACGGAUGUGGUGGAUGGUGUCAAAGGAGGUAAAAUUCUGAGGGAAUUCACAGCCUCUUUUUUCGUUUUGAUCCCCAAGGUUGAUAAUCCAAAGAGUUUUGACAAAUUCCGCCCUAUUAGUAUGUGCUCAGUUUUCUAUAAGAUAUGUACCAAAAUUCUUGUGAGCCGGCUAUCUUCUUUGCUUCCUCAAUUAAUCUCCAAGGAACAGGGAGCCUUCAUUCUUGGGAGAAGCAUUUUUGAGAAUGUGAGUUUGACACAAGAGAUGAUUCAGAAUAUUAACAAACCAGUUCGUGGUGGUAAUGUGGUUUUGAAGAUAGAUAUGGCUAAGGCCUAUGAUAUGGUGAUACAAAGUCGAUACGGGCAAUUUCUGAGGUUCUUGCAGUUUAUGAAAGCUAGUCUGGCCAGUGGGGUCAACAAGGAGAAGUCCUUGAUUAUUUUCUCGAAUCUUAUUCCGUACUUCAAGAGCAUAAACAUAUUGCGUAUUUUUGGAUUCUCUGAAGGGUCUCUUUCUUUUAAAUAUUUGGGGGUUCCUAUUGUGUCCAGGAGGCUCAAAGCAGUGCAUUUUGAUGAGUUUCUUGGCAAGAUCGGAGAUAAAAUUGGGGGAUGGCAAUCUUGGCUUUUGUCUAGCGGUGCUCGUCUUUUGCUUUUAAAGCAUGUGCUUGGCAGUUUCUCCAUUCAUGUACUUUCAAUCUUGCAGGUACCUAAAUCUAUCCUCUCAUCUAUUUCCAGAAGUUUUAGUAAUUUAUUUUGGGGUUAUAAGGAUGGAAGGUCAACGAAACAUUGGAAAUCAUGGGAGUUGAUGUGUAAACCAGUAAAAGAGGGUGGUAUAGGCAUUCAGAAUUUAGAUAAGAAUCACAUAUCUUCUGUUAACCCCAAUAAAGGAUAUAGAUUUUGGAAGAUGGUGAUGAGGAGUCUACCGGAUGUCAUUGAUCAGUCCAAAUGGAAACCAAUGAGAGGGAAUAUCUCUUUUUGGUUGGAUAAAUGGAUUGGGGAUGAGCCUCUUGUUGCUUCAUUUCCUAUUAUUUCAUCAGACAUAAAAUUGAAAGAUUGUUGCAGGACAAGUGGUUGGGAUACGGAUCUUCUUGUUUGGCUAGUGGGUUGUCAAAAGGCACAGGAAAUUUCUUUUACCCUCCAUAGACCGAGAGAUGGGGCAGACCACUUGAUAUGGAUGGCUAAGGAUGAUGGUAAUUUCUCUUCUAAGAGUGCAUGGGAGGUUACUCGGAUAAAAACUCCAAAGUGGCGAGGACUAUUUGGAAGAGGUGUGCCAUGCAAGUGGGGUUCCUCUGACAUCAACAUAGCACAUGGAUGGAAACUGUCUCUGCUUGGUUUGCCAAAGCCUCCAUGUCUUCAUUCAAGGGUCAAAUUAUGGGUCUUAUUCCUUCUAUUAUGGAAGAGGUGCAAACCAUUUCAAGUAGUGUGGUGGAACUGCCCAGGGGGAAGUUGGGUAAAGCUAAAUGUUGAUGGGAGCAGUCGAGAGACCUUGAGGAAAGCUGGUGCUGGUGGUUUAAUACAUGAUUCUUCAGGCAAUCUGGUACUAGCUUUUUCUAUCCCUUUUGAUUUUGGUACUAACAACUAUGCUGAAUUCAUGUCCCUAUUGCAUGGAGUUAGACACUUGAGCAGAUUGGGCUUCAGAAAUGUGGAAAUAGAGAUGGAUUCUAUAGUUGUUGUAAACUAG